UGCGGCUCUCGGCGGCCGCUGCUCGCGCUAAGGAACGUCGGUGCCGGGUUCCCCGCGCCCCCGCGCGCCGCGGCCCUUGCUGACCCAGCCCUCCCGCCCGCCUGUCCGUCUGUCCGCAGCGCGGCUGAGGAAACUUGAACAUAACUUCCUGAGAAGAUUGAUUCUUUAUUUCUGGACUUCGUAUAUAUAACAAGACCAUCAGAAUGUCGGGGGCUUCAGUGAAGGUGGCUGUCCGCGUUCGGCCCUUCAAUUCUCGAGAGACCAGCAAAGAGUCCAAGUGCAUCAUUCAGAUGCAGGGCAACUCAACCAGUAUCAUUAACCCAAAGAACCCAAAGGAAGCUCCAAAGUCUUUCAGCUUUGACUACUCCUACUGGUCUCACACCUCGCCCGAAGAUCCCUGUUUUGCAUCUCAAAACCGUGUAUACAAUGAUAUUGGAAAGGAAAUGCUCUUACAUGCCUUUGAGGGAUAUAAUGUCUGUAUUUUUGCCUAUGGGCAGACUGGUGCUGGAAAGUCUUAUACAAUGAUGGGUAAACAAGAAGAAAGUCAGGCUGGCAUCAUUCCACAGUUAUGUGAAGAGCUGUUUGAGAAAAUCAAUGACAACUGUAAUGAAGAAAUGUCUUACUCCGUAGAGGUGAGCUACAUGGAAAUUUACUGUGAAAGAGUACGAGACUUGCUGAAUCCCAAAAACAAGGGUCAUCUGCGUGUGCGUGAACAUCCCCUUCUUGGCCCUUAUGUGGAGGACCUGUCAAAGUUGGCAGUCACUUCCUACACAGACAUUGCUGACCUCAUGGACGCUGGGAACAAAGCCAGGACAGUGGCAGCUACCAACAUGAAUGAAACAAGUAGCCGUUCCCACGCUGUGUUUACCAUUGUCUUCACCCAGAAGAAACAUGAUACUGAGACCAACCUUUCCACUGAGAAGGUCAGUAAAAUCAGCUUGGUGGAUCUAGCAGGAAGUGAACGAGCUGAUUCAACUGGUGCCAAAGGGACUCGAUUAAAGGAAGGAGCAAAUAUUAAUAAGUCUCUUACAACUCUGGGUAAAGUCAUUUCGGCCUUGGCAGAGGUGAGUAAGAAGAAGAAGAAAACUGAUUUUAUUCCUUACAGAGAUUCUGUACUUACUUGGCUCCUUCGAGAAAAUCUAGGUGGCAAUUCUCGGACUGCAAUGGUUGCUGCUCUGAGCCCAGCUGAUAUCAACUAUGAUGAAACUUUGAGCACUCUGAGAUACGCAGAUCGUGCAAAACAAAUUAAAUGUAAUGCCGUUAUCAAUGAGGACCCCAAUGCCAAACUGGUUCGUGAAUUAAAGGAGGAGGUGACACGGCUGAAGGACCUUCUUCGUGCUCAGGGGCUGGGAGAUAUUAUUGAUAUUGAUCCAUUGAUCGAUGAUUACUCGGGAAGUGGAGGCAAAUAUCUGAAAGAUUUUCAGAACAAUAAGCAUAGGUACUUGCUAGCAUCUGAGAAUCAACGUCCUGGCAAUUUUUCCACAGCAUCCAUGGGGUCCCUUACUUCAUCUCCAUCUUCCUGCUCACUCAGUAGUCAGGUGGGCUUAACAUCUGUGACCAGUAUUCAGGAGAGAAUCAUGUCUACACCUGGAGGAGAGGAAGCCAUCGAACGUCUGAAGGAAUCAGAGAAGAUCAUUGCUGAGUUGAAUGAAACCUGGGAAGAGAAGCUGCGUAAAACAGAGGCCAUCAGGAUGGAGAGGGAAGCCUUGUUGGCUGAGAUGGGAGUUGCCAUUCGGGAAGAUGGAGGAACCCUUGGGGUUUUCUCUCCUAAAAAGACACCACAUCUUGUUAACCUCAACGAGGACCCUCUAAUGUCCGAGUGCCUGCUUUAUUACAUCAAAGAUGGAAUUACAAGGGUUGGCCAAGCAGAUGCUGAGCGGCGCCAGGACAUCGUGCUGAGUGGGGCUCACAUUAAAGAAGAGCAUUGUAUCUUCCGGAGCGAGAGGAACAACAGUGGGGAUGUUAUUGUGACCCUGGAGCCCUGUGAACGUUCAGAAACCUACGUAAAUGGCAAGAGGGUGACCCAGCCUGUUCAGCUGCGCUCAGGGAACCGUAUCAUCAUGGGUAAAAACCACGUGUUCCGUUUUAACCACCCGGAGCAAGCACGGGCUGAGCGGGAAAAGACUCCUUCUGCUGAGACCCCCUCUGAGCCUGUGGACUGGACGUUUGCCCAGAGAGAGCUUCUGGAAAAACAAGGAAUUGAUAUGAAACAGGAGAUGGAAAAAAGGCUACAGGAAAUGGAGAUCCUAUACAAAAAGGAGAAGGAAGAAGCAGAUCUUCUCUUGGAGCAGCAGAGACUGGACUAUGAGAGUAAAUUGCAGGCCUUGCAGAAGCAGGUGGAGACGCGAUCCCUGGCUGCAGAAACAACUGAAGAGGAAGAGGAGGAGGAAGAAGUUCCGUGGACACAACAUGAGUUUGAGCUGGCCCAGUGGGCCUUCCGGAAGUGGAAGUCUCACCAAUUCACCUCAUUAAGGGACUUACUCUGGGGUAAUGCCGUUUACCUAAAGGAGGCCAAUGCCAUCAGUGUGGAACUAAAGAAGAAGGUGCAGUUUCAGUUUGUUCUGCUCACGGACACGUUGUACUCCCCUCUGCCUCCUGAACUGCUUCCCACUGAGAUGGAAAAAACUCAGGAUGACAGACCUUUCCCUCGUACAGUGGUAGCUGUAGAAGUUCAGGAUCUGAAAAAUGGAGCAACACAUUAUUGGUCUUUGGAGAAACUUAAGCAGAGGCUGGAUUUGAUGCGAGAGAUGUAUGACAGGGCAGGGGAGAUGGCCUCCAGCACCCAAGAUGAAAGUGAGACCACCAUGACUGGCAGUGAUCCAUUUUAUGAUCGGUUCCAUUGGUUCAAACUUGUGGGAAGCUCCCCCAUUUUCCACGGCUGUGUGAAUGAGCGCCUUGCUGACCGCACACCCUCCCCCACUUUUUCCACGGCCGAUUCCGACAUCACUGAGCUGGCUGACGAGCAGCAAGAGGAGAUGGAGGACUUUGAUGAGGAGGCGUUCGUGGAUGACACCGGCUCUGACGCAGGGACGGAGGAGGGCUCAGAUCUCUUCAGUGACGGGCACGACCCGUUUUACGACCGGUCCCCAUGGUUCAUUUUAGUGGGAAGGGCCUUUGUUUACCUGAGCAACCUGCUGUACCCCGUGCCCCUGAUUCACAGGGUGGCCGUUGUCAGCGAGAAGGGAGAAGUGCGCGGGUUUCUGCGCGUGGCUGUGCAGGCCAUUGCAGCGGAUGAAGAAGCUCCUGAUUAUGGCUCUGGAAUUCGACAGUCAGGAACAGCUAAAAUAUCUUUUGAUAAUGAGUACUUUAAUCAGAGUGACAUUUCUUCGGUUGCAUUGACCCGUUCUGGUCUGUCCUUGGAGGAGCUGAGGAUUGUGGAAGGACAGGGUCAGAGUUCUGAGGUCAUCACUCCUCCAGAAGAAGUCAACCGAAUGAAUGACCUGGAUCUGAAAUCAAGCACUUUGCUGGAUGGUAAGAUGAUGAUGGAGGGAUUUUCUGAAGAGAUUGGCAACCACCUAAAGCUGGGCAGUGCGUUCACUUUCCGGGUCACAGUGCUGCAAGCCAGUGGAAUCCUCCCAGAGUAUGCAGACAUCUUCUGUCAGUUCAACUUUUUACAUCGGCAUGAUGAAGCAUUCUCCACUGAACCCCUCAAGAACAAUGGCAGAGGAAGUCCUCUGGGCUUUUACCAUGUACAGAACAUUGCAGUGGAGGUUACGGAAUCAUUCGUGGACUAUAUCAAAACCAAGCCGAUUGUGUUUGAAGUCUUUGGGCAUUAUCAGCAGCACCCACUUCACCUGCAAGGACAGGAACUUCACAGUCCACCCCAGCCGUCUCGACGAUUCUUCCCUCCACCCAUGCCGCUAUCCAAGCCAGUUCCAGCCACCAAGUUAAAUACCAUGAGCAAAACCAGCCUUGGCCAGAGCAUGAGCAAGUAUGAUCUUCUGGUUUGGUUUGAGAUCAGUGAACUGGAGCCUACGGGAGAGUAUAUCCCAGCCGUGGUGGACCAUACAGCAGGCUUGCCCUGCCAGGGGACAUUUUUGCUUCACCAGGGCAUACAGCGGAGGAUCACAGUGACCAUCAUCCAUGAGAAGGGGAGUGAGCUCCACUGGAAGGAUGUCCGUGAGCUGGUGGUAGGCCGGAUCAGGAAUAAGGCCGAGGUGGAUGAAGCCGCAGUGGACGCCAUCCUCUCCCUCAAUAUCAUCUCUGCCAAGUACCUGAAGUCGUCCCACAACUCUAGCAGGACCUUCUAUCGUUUCGAGGCCGUCUGGGAUAGUUCCCUCCAUAACUCCCUCCUUCUGAACCGAGUGACACCCUACGGCGAAAAGAUCUACAUGACCCUGUCAGCCUACCUGGAGCUGGAUCACUGCAUCCAGCCGGCCGUCAUAACCAAGGACGUGUGCAUGGUCUUUUACUCCCGGGACGCCAAGAUCUCGCCACCACGCUCGCUGCGCAGCCUCUUUGGCAGCGGCUAUUCAAAGUCACCAGACUCCAAUCGAGUCACUGGAAUUUAUGAACUCAGUUUAUGCAAAAUGGCAGACACAGGAAGUCCAGGCAUGCAGCGGAGGAGAAGGAAAAUCUUGGAUACUUCAGUGGCGUACGUGCGGGGGGAGGAGAACUUGGCUGGCUGGCGGCCCCGGGGAGACAGCCUCAUCCUAGAGCACCAGUGGGAGUUGGAGAAGCUGGAGCUCCUGCACGAGGUGGAGAAAACCCGCCACUUUCUGCUGCUCCGUGACAGACUGGGUGACAGCAUCCCCAAAUCCCUGAGUGACUCGUUGUCCCCCAGCCUCAGCAGCGGGACCCUCAGCACCUCCACCAGCAUCUCCUCUCAGAUCUCAACCACCACCUUUGAAAGUGCCAUCACACCCAGCGAGAGCAGUGGCUACGACUCAGCAGACAUUGAAAGCCUGGUGGAUCGAGAGAAAGAGCUGGCUACUAAGUGCCUGCAACUUCUCACCCACACUUUCAACCGAGAAUUCAGCCAGGUGCACGGCAGCGUCAGUGACUGCAAGUUGUCCGAUCUCUCUCCCAUCGGCCGGGACCCCUCUGUGUCCAGUUUUAGCAGUUCUACCCUCACUCCCUCCUCUACCUGCCCCUCUUUGGUGGAUGCAAGGAGCAACUCCUUGGAUCAGAAGACACCAGAAGCCAAUUCCCGGGCCUCUAGUCCCUGCCCGGAAUUUGAACAGUUUCAGAUUGUCCCACCUGUGGAAACGCCCUAUUUGGCCCGAGCAGGAAAAAAUGAAUUUCUCAAUCUUGUUCCAGAUAUUGAAGAAAUUAGACCGGGCUCAGUGGUCUCCAAGAAAGGAUAUCUGCAUUUCAAGGAGCCCCUGUCCAGCAACUGGGCUAAACAUUUCGUCGUGGUCCGUCGCCCUUACGUCUUCAUCUAUAAUAGCGACAAAGACCCUGUGGAGCGGGGCAUCAUUAACCUGUCCACAGCGCAGGUGGAGUACAGCGAGGACCAGCAGGCCAUGGUGAAGACACCAAACACCUUUGCCGUGUGCACCAAGCACCGUGGGGUCCUUUUGCAGGCUCUCAACGACAAAGACGUGAACGACUGGUUGUACGCCUUUAACCCGCUCCUUGCAGGCACAAUACGGUCAAAACUCUCCCGCAGAUGCCCGAGCCAAGCGAAGUACUAGGUGACUGCCGAGCACCCUCACCCGCCUUCCAAGAGAUAAAGAAAGUGUUUCCCCUCAUUUCUCUUUGUGAUCCUUGACGGUUACUCUUGUGUGUGAUCCUGUGGCUUAACUGCUCGUCCCUCUCGUCCAGCACUUUUUCUAGUGCUUCUGGUCCCCAUUCCCAUUGCUCUGUACUCUUUUCUUUUUUCCUGUGCUGAGAAUCUUGUUAGAAGCAUGUGGUCUAACAAAAGUGGGGGAAAAAACACACAAAAACACACACACAAAAACCCCAAGGAAAUCCAAAUUAUUUUUUGGUGUACUUUGGCUUCCUUUUGUAUGGUAGGUCCCCAUUAUGACCACUGACAUCUGUGCUGCUGUCUUUGGAUAUCUCUGUCUGUUUUUCAAGACACCACAAUACUUCUUUCUUUUCUCUGUUUGGGAUAUAAUUUUAACUUUUCUUGGGUGGCUUAGAGACUAAAGGAGGAGACAUCUAGUCUUUUUAGAACCUAAGGGGAAGAAUCUUACCCUUCCCGUUUCUGUUGCUUCUUGCCAUGACUAAUCCCUGCAUUUUCCAUUCAGGGAAACAAAUGGUUGUAGUGAGCUUAAAGGUGGGAAGGUGUAUUCUCUGAAAUUGGGGCUUAUUUAGAACAUAGCUAUGUAAUUUUAACAUAGUGGAAGAGAGGAGAAGAGAGGGACUUUUCAGCAGGUUUGGGACAGUGGCCGCUGUUGACCGUGUUAGAAGAGAAGAACCAGGGCUGUUGCCAGUGGGUCUCACAGGCCCAGGGGCCUUGGUGGUGGUGGUCUGGAGGAUGCCAGUGUUCCCUCACAGGAGGGCUCCUUGAGCGGUUUGUCUCACUGGGAGGGAGCCUCUUCUGAGUCCCAGUUCUGUUCUGGGCAUUAGUGAUGACGGUGGCUCAGUUUGGAUUUCCUGCCAUGGUGUCAUACACAAAUAUCCCAUCAGGAGGGAGUGUCUGCCUUCCUGGUGAUAAACCUGAUGGUCUUUGUUAUCAUCAUGAUUAUGGUAAGGCUGGGUAGUGACCUUGUGAUGGUUGUAUCUCCCUUUGAUCAAAGAAACGUAGCUCUAAGAGUACACUUGAACAGAGGAGCCUGGCGUACUGCAGUCCAUGGGGUCACAAAGAGUCGGACAUGACUAAGCGACUGAACAACAAAAUACACUGGGAAGCCUCCCUCUGAAUCCAGUGGCCGUUUUCAGUGAUCCUCGUCCAGUUGGAAAUCCUGUCAGUGAUACUUGUCUCCCUCCGGGAACAAAUAGAUAAGCGAACGUGGCAGGGUUUGCUUUUUGAACCCCAAAGUUAUAACAGACUGCCUCGCACCACCAAAAGCAAAAGGACACCUGGGGGCAGAGAUGCAGUUCCACCUGAACCCCGGCCCCAGACGUAGCUGGUUGUCUCCUCCGUGGAAAUCCUGCCAGAGGGGAGAGGAGCCCUCUGCCCACAGCCUCCUGCUGUGACAGAACAGGCUCGCCUGCUGCCCGAGGCCUUGGCAGAAGAUGCGCCGCCUCUUCCAGCUGCAGUGAGUGUCCCAGGAAUGAACAGGAGAGGAGCCUCUGGGUACUUCGGUUGCUUUCCAGUUGACUUGGGGAUGUCCUCUACCAUCCUUUCCCGCCCUCGCUCACACCUUUCUUUGACCAUCCCCCAGGCCAUCAGGAAAGUGUCUGCUCGCUCCCACUUUGUGGAGACCGGAGGUCCCCAGUCUUGAGGGCACUGACUCGGAAGGCAAGGGGGAAGGGCCCACGCGCUCCUCAGAACAGGUGCUGGGCAGGCGCGUCAGCACCCAGACUGUGGCCUUCCUGCCGGGGCUCAUCUUCUGGCUUCAUUCAUAAUUGCUUUGCAAAGAGGAGGAAAAGGAAGUCACUGGAGAGCUGAACAAGAGAAAGAAGAGUAAUCAAAGGCUAUGGCCUUACCUGAAAAAUUAUUAAGGAAAACUGUAGUAGAUUUUUAAACUUUCUUCCUCUCCUUAAAUGAAACAUAGGUCACUAACCCUAAUGUUACUUGUUUUCUAAGUGGUACUUGAGACUUUAACAUAAUUAGAGGUUUCUUUUCUAAUGGGUACACUAUGCCCUUCCAGUGUCUACUCAAACCCAGGGUCUGUUUUUGCUUAGAGACAGCUUCCUGGGCUGAAAUUAAGUAAUUUCAGGGAACAAAGAUGAGAUUCGAAGGUUAACGUUUAGAGUUAGGCCAUGGAUGCUGCUGCUGUUAGUCUGACAGGAGGACCCAUGUCUGCGACUGAAGGAGGUGGGGGAAGCGGAGGGAGAGAGGAAUCAAGUGACAGACUGACAUGGCUUGUUUUUGCUUCUCACUUGAACAAAACUGACUGGGAAAGUCUUUGCUUUGGGAUGUCAGAUACUAUGACAGGCUGAGGUCAGAAGGCCUAGUGAGGCAGCGGGGCGCGGCCAUGGCUCACCUGUACAGCCCCCACAGGGGCCCCUCUUCUCUAGGGACCUGUUUUCAGAUUAAAGCUGGAGCAAGGGUUGAUGUUCCCUUUCUAGGCAGCCCCGUCCCCACUUUCAAGCUCUGAGAGGGAAUUUAUAGCAGGAAUUAUGAGGCUUUUGUGGAAAAGGAAAAGUGAAAGAACUUAAAUCUUUAAGGUAGCUACCUUUUAAGGUAGUUUUUGGGUUUUCUUUUUCCCCUAAUGCACUCUUUUAAGCAAGCAGAAUAAUAACAAAGCAAGGAAGAACACUCAUACAAAGUAAGGAGAAAUGAGUGCUAUUUAAAAGUAACCAUCUCCUCCCCGCAUCCUCCUUACUCCUGUCAGAGCAGAAGAUGGCCCCACGGCUUCCACCAGACAGGUGUCCACACCCUCCUUGUCUCUGCGCCUGCCUAGGGGUCAGUCAGCUCCCGGGCCGGGCUCUGCAGGGUCAGCCAGCCCGCGCACGGCCACCAGCGCAGGGAGGGGCUGCCUCUGGCAGCUGGGUGGGAACUUGAAUUCCAGUCCAUUUUUAUAAUGUGAGGGAAGUUGAGGGAAAUGAUUUCUCCCAACUAAGAAACCACUAGUUUUUUCCCCUUCAGCUGUAUAGAACUUACACAACUGCUCACUUUCAAUGGGGUUUUUCAGCUCUUUUAAGAUGAAGGAAUUAGUUAAAUCACUGCAAGAUCUUUUGGUACCUAAAGUAAAAACGACUUCUCCUGGCACAUAUAUCAAAGCAAAGACUUUGUUGCCUGCUGCUUGCUGUCUAAUUUACAGGGAUAUUUAAUUUUGUAAGGUAUUUGUAUAUUUACACGGCUGUAACUAAUUGCACACUGAACUGGAAAAGCAAGGUGAUGCGCUCGUAGCACCUGUCGGUACUUGGCACCCCUCAUCCCGGUUCCACUUGGCUUCUCCAUCAGGGCUUGUCCAUUUCUUGUUUGGUGUGGGUCCUUCGUUUUUCCCUUUUGGUUCCCUUUUUAAAAUGUGAUUGUUAACCUGCUCUUUAAAAAGAAGAGACUAAUCCUGCUGCUGCUCUCAGAAGGUUUGCUGAAUGUAUUUUCAAUAGGACUCUUAACGCCUGUGCACUGCAGCUGCCCCCUGUGGCCUGUGACACUUCACCAAGGUGUGGCCAGACCGUGACCGUGUAGCGGGAACGGAUCGACUUGUGUUUCCUUAGUAAAUAAACGGCUUGAUCGGCUGAGAGACUCCCUGCUGCUGUUGUUCAAAAGGCCAUUUAUGAAACUUGUAUUUGAGCCCCAUCAAAUCUUAGGAAAGCAUCUGAUCGCUUAAAGGAAGGAAUCAGAGUUGAUAUAAAUUUCAUGUUACAGAGGCACAGCCAAAUGGCCUGUGCUCAGAUAGGAAGUCCCAGCUGAGGUUGGUCUCUUGCCAAACCCUGGCUGUCGCGUGUUGUUUUCACGUCUUCGAGUUCAUCCUUUUCAUUUGCACAUCCUGGCAUCAGUUCACCUGAGGAACCCGGCAGCCUUCUAUGAGUCGUCCCCAACUUGGUGGUUCUGAAGCAUUUGUCCCGCGAGACUUCGGGUCUCGUCACCCUCCUUGUGCACAACCACAAGACCCGUGAAGCAUAAGUGGCCUUUUUGAACCAAGACUUUGCAAACUGAUCUCUCCCCAGGGAAGGAGUUGAGCACAUUAGCAACAAUGUACAUUAUUAAUUUCAGAUUUUCAUUUUCAUGUUUUAUUAUGUAAAUAUGAUCUGACGUUCGGAGCUUGAGUAUACAGAAUGUAAAUAUAGUUCUUGUAUUUGUACUAAUUCUGGUUCUUUUGCUGUAUAGCCUUAGAUGUGCAAUGCAGACAUUAUCUAACUGUGUAUGGUAACCUUGCAUCACGGAACUAUUAGUAAACGAGGUCAUAUUAAUAAAGGUACAACCAGUGCAUCAGAA